AUGCAACAGCUUCUUGGCUCAACACUUACUAAAGUUGAACAAAAUGAUGCAGGAAGUCCUGGAUCGAUCAAGGGUCCUGGUGAUUAUAGAAAGGUUGAUGUUGACGUCUUGGAGUUACUAUAGAAGACCUAAAUAAUUGGUUUAUUCUUUGCAGCUCAUUGGAGUGGCCCAUGUAUCGGCUGGGGUUCUUUACUCCAAUCUUUUAAGAAUGAGAUGAAUCAAGAAACGAAUAAUUUUUUGGAAAUAGUAAUGGUGCCAAUGAGUGGUCCAACACCUGAUAUGAUUAAAUACUUGGGGGAGAGCUCUCAAGAGGUUUAAGAUGAGGAAAAGUAAUUGCUUGACUUUCUAAAUUCUUGUCAAUGUCUAAUGAUACCAAUCGAAGAGUAGCAUAACAUUGAAUAACUUAAGGAAAAAUUCUUUGUUUAAGAGCUGCCUACAUUCGUAGUAUUAGAUAGAUUUGGUUCUGAGGUGAGUAAAGAUGGGAUAGCUGAUAUUAAAAAACUUUCAAAAUAAUAACUUAUAACAAAGUGGAGUGAAAACUUUAAGAAGGAAUAGCUCUAAUAACUAUGA